AUGCUGGAUCAAGCUGUGCUGAGGCAACUGGUGCAAGAGUUGAUUGACAGCAUUGAAGGGCCAUCGUUGAUGCUGGUGGAGGACUGCUUUUCCUAUGCAGCAGAGGUUCAGAAAGCCGUGAUUAAGAAGACUUGUUCGGGGUAUCCUAACCUGGAAAAUGCUGCUCAAUCGCAAGCACUCAUUGCCUUGAAGAAGGCCAAAGAUUCAUCAAUCCAGAUGACGAAGGACCUUCUGUUGAAGGAAAGGAGGGUAAUUUUCACGCUGAAUCACUACUACAUGGAUACCGUUUCAAAGAUACAUCAAUCGAUUGCUGUGUACAAAGCAGACCGAUAUGGCAACAUCCCCAGCAUGGAUGGUUUCAGCUCCAACACUGCUUCAUUAGCUGACUUGAUCAGCAACGACUAUCAGGCAGCAAGGGAUCUGCAGAUCAAUGUGUUCUCCUACGCUAAGGUGGUGCACAAGAGGUUGUGCGAUGUGAUCCCAAUGGACAUCGGGAUGUCUCUGGACGAUGCCCUUGUAGAUGAAACCGAUGCUGCGAUUUGGGGGGUGAUUCAGACUGGAAGCGCUGCCAAGCUCGCAGCUCUGAAGGUGGCUGACCAGCAGCGGCGGGCUCAGCUGGAAGAAAGCGUCAUAAGGCUCAGGGCAUGCGAAGCUACUCUGUUGGGUAUAGCAUUUGAUUCCCAUUUGUAG